UACCAUCACCCAACACACCAAUCUCUCUUCUUUUUAUGCUCAAACAAGACACCUCUCUCUCUUCAACUUUUGUCCUUCUAUUCUCCUUUCUCAUAUCUUUGCCUUCCAUCUUCAGUACCUGAAACCAAACAAUUAUAUAUUGUAUCAGUCCAUACAUGCAUACAUCUUUGUGAUACAAAAAGAACUGCAGAAUAUCUCCCCAUCAAGUAGCUAAAAUGAACAGGUACGAGCACAGCACUCCUCUACUCCAUUUCUGCUUAUUUUUCUUCUUGUUAUGUCCUCUGGUCUUCUCUCAACUACCCUCAAACCAAAGAACCACCAUGACCAAUCUUUCUAAGGCCCUGAUCAACAACACAGAUUUAUUAUGGGACGUUACCAAAGACCCAUGUUCAUGGAAAGGAGUUAGGUGCAGCCCUGGGAACCUUGCCAUUACCGAAAUCUCUCUAUCUGGGUUUUCCCUCUCCUCCUCAGAUUUUCUACCUCUUCUUUGCCAGAUAGAUUCUUUGGUGAGUCUUGACCUCUCCAACAACCGUCUGGCCUCAAUCCCAAAUGGGUUUAUCACAGAUUGUGGUAAUUUUGGAGGGCUGCAGCUCUUGGAUAUUAGCAGAAACAGGUUAGUUGGUCCUCUGCCUGAUUUUCAUGGUUUUGUUGGGUUGCAGUUCUUAGACUUGUCUUUCAAUUCCUUGAGUGGAAACAUAAGUUUACAGUUAGAAGGAUUGGUUGCCCUGAAAAGUUUGAAUCUUAGUGUCAACCUUUUCAAUGGCCUCAUUCCUACCAACCUUGGGAAAGCUAUGGCUUUGGAGCAGCUUCAGCUCUCAAAGAAUUCCUUCGAAGGUGGAAUCCCUGAUCAAAUCAUCGAUUACCAAAAUUUGACUCUGGUUGACUUUAGUGCAAAUCAUCUUUCUGGCCCUGUUCCUGAUAGAAUUGGAGACCUCUCUAAGUUGGAAGUUUUGAUUCUAUCUGCCAAUGUCUUUAGCGGGAAAAUCCCAGAAAUCCUAUCAAGUAUCAAAAGCCUUUCACGUUUUGCAGCCUAUCAAAACAAGUUUGAAGGUACGAUUCCUAGUGGACUUACAAGAUUCCCCAAGAACUUGGACCUUAGUUAUAAUAACUUAACUGGGUCGAUUCCUUCAGACAUGUUGGCACCAUCAAAUUUGCAGACUGUAGAUUUGUCUUAUAAUUUGUUAACGGGACCGGUACCGCCAAACAUAUCUCCAAGCAUGGUCAGGUUGAGAUUGGGGAGCAACUCGCUUAAUGGGACAAUCCCUUCAACAUUUGGAACACUUGAGAAAUUGAUGUACUUGGAGCUGGAAAACAAUAGCUUGACCGGGUCGGUACCUCCGGAGUUGGGUUCUUGCCGGAAUUUGAUGUUGUUGAAUCUGGCAGGGAAUAAACUGAAUGGUGCAUUGCCGGGACAGUUGGGUGGACUUAGCCAACUUCAAGUUAUGAAGCUUCAGUCGAACAAGCUGGUUGGAGAAAUCCCAGUUGAAAUUACCCAACUACAGAAAUUAUUAACACUGAACAUCAGCUGGAAUUCGCUGAAUGGUUCAAUACCUUCUACGAUUUCAAGCUUGCAAAGCCUUACUUACCUGCACUUGAAAAAUAACCAUCUCAGUGGUCCAAUACCCCCCACCAUUGUCAACAUGGAUUCUCUGUUAGAAGUCCAGCUUGGAGGAAAUCAACUUAGCGGUAAGAUUCCAAGGAUGCCAAUAAAGUUGCAGAUUGCUUUAAAUCUCAGCACCAACCUCCUUGAAGGGCCUAUUCCAAAAAGUCUUUUACAACUUACUGCAUUAGAAGUUUUGGAUCUCUCAAACAAUAGUUUGUCAGGAGAGAUACCAACAGAUCUGACCCAAAUGGCAUCCUUGACAAAGUUGCUCCUUUCUAACAACCAGCUCUCUGGAAUUAUUCCAAAGUAUAAUCCACGGCUUACGUUUGAUGCAAAGGGAAAUACGAAUCUUAUUAACGCUACAACAUCAAACAGUACUUCACCAAAAUCAGCCAAGAAGAGAAAAUCGGUUACUGCAGCUUCGGUUAUUGGGCUCGCUGUUGGGGUGACCGUGGCCAUUGGCCUUGCUAUGUCAAACAAAUUUUACAAGAUUUUAUGUAGCCUUCAUAAAAAAACUAUGUAAUCACAGCAGGGAUUAGAACCUACACUGGGUGAAGCAAAAGCAACUGUUAUUUAGAUUUUGUCAUAUAUCAUUUUAGCAGUGUGCCGGGAUUAUCUUAGAUAAGUGUAGAAUGCCUACUAG